GGGGUCAGAGGUGAGGGGGCAGCGGCUGAGCGCGCGCGCUCCGGGGCGGCCGCUCCGGGUGAGGUACGGGCCGGGCCGGGCCGGGCCCCGCCGUCCCCCACCGCCUGGCGGGAGGCGCAGGAUGGCGGAGAGACCGGAGGACCUGAACCUGCCCAACGCCGUCAUCACCCGCAUCAUCAAGGAGGCGCUUCCUGAUGGAGUCAAUAUUUCCAAAGAAGCUCGGAGCGCAAUAUCUCGAGCGGCAAGUGUGUUCGUGCUUUAUGCAACAUCGUGUGCAAAUAACUUUGCCAUGAAGGGGAAGAGGAAAACACUGAAUGCUGGCGAUGUUCUCUCUGCCAUGGAGGAAAUGGAGUUUCAGCGAUUUGUAGCCCCUUUGAAAGAAUCACUGGAAGUUUACAGGCGUGAACAGAAAGGAAAGAAAGAAGCCAGGAAAGACAAAGACAAGAAGGCAGACUCGGAAGAGCAAGAUAAGAGCAGAGAGGAAGAGAAUGAUGAUGAUGACGAAAGGAUGGAGGAAGAAGAGCAAAAUGAGGAGGAGGAGGUGGACAACUGAGCUUGCUGAUGAAGAGACGUGCAGGGGCUGGGUUUUGUUCAGAGGAAUAUAAAUGCUGUAAAUCAA